AUGUCCUCUCACACAACACUCCAAGCUCCAUCAGCCGAACAAGCACCUAACACAAAUAUUGUGUUACUCAAAGCGGCUGUAAGAGACAUUGAAGAGAUGAAGAUUACUCACCUUGCAUUCAAGGAUCUAACAGACAAAUGUGUCAAGAUUCUGAAUGCCAAAAACCUCCUUUUGAAGCAGGACAAUCUGCAGAUGAAAGCCGACAUUGAAAACCUGAAAAAACAGGUUGACUUCUUGAACAAAAACAUGGGUGUAGAAUGUGUGGAGUACGACAAUGAUGGAGAGGACCAGGCAGCCGAACAAGUCAAUAACAAUGAUGCAAGCACAACACAGUCACUUACCGACACCAAUAUUUCCCUUUCCAACAUUGAUCCGUCGAGUGUUGAUUUAGAGACCCUGUCACCGGAACAAAAAGAGAUUAUAAGCCUUGAAGUGGCCGACUCAAAAAUUGUCAAGGAUGCUAUAAAUGAAGUGUUCAUGAGAAAAAUGGGUGUAGAUAAACUGGAAGCAAAACACUUACCCGAUUUCCCCUCCUCUAUCAGCCAAAGUAUGUCGCCUGUUGAUCAAGCUACAAAUCAGCUGCUCCUUCGGUUCAAAUGGAAAAUGCCAGCAGAUGAAGCCACGAACAGUAGCAAUUUAGUUGCAAUACAAUCUUGGGUAGUCAACAAUGCACCUGCAGAAUUUCCCACCAUAUCCAGCAUGCUUCGACUCUUACUUCCCAAGGACCUCAAACAACAAAUCCGCCUAUGUUUCCAAUACAUGUCACGCCAGUUUUGUCUCAAUACACAGAAAGUCCAAGCACGUGAGAAAGAGUCUGAGGCAGCUCAAUUAAUUGAUGAUGAUGACGAUGAAAUUGUCAUCAUUGUACCUGUAUCUAAAGCACACAGAAGUUCCCAUGCACAAUCAAAAUGUGACCAACGCAAACGCAAACAGUCUCGAUUGGCAUACACUGACCCGAAAUAUGAUGCAGCAUUCAUCAUCAACGCUAUGUCUGACAAUGAGGAUGACCCUGAUUAUAGGCCAACAUCAAAUGAACCUAAGGCAUUCAGGACAAGUUGA